CGUAAAUCUUAUCAACCUUCAUCCCCGUCUUUACAUUAUCCCGCAGUUCUAUCUCUCCACAAACUUAUUGCAUCGACUCGAUACGUCCCGUACCUUGAGGUUUCUUAAAAAAAAGAAUUAAUUCCAACGUCCUCUCAGGUUGCAAUUCCGUCUUGCUAUUCCCUGUUCGUCCCCGUGUCGCCUUGUUCUAUUUCGAAAACAAUUACCUACCCAUCAUUUGUUAGGUUGAAUAAAAGCUUACAACAUUCCUCCCAAUCGAAUUACCGUCGCCAUGCAGGGCCGCUCCCACAAGAGCGAAAGGCCCUCCACGGCAAACAUCGCACGUUCGGGCGCUGCUGGUCGUAGUGGCAUUCGACAACCUACAAACAGAUCGUCAUCGCUUCGGAAUCCUUCUAACCACCAUGCCGCCAUUGCUUCGAGGAUUGCAAGGAACGCGGCACCUUCACCAGCCGAAUCGUUGUCAUCCGUUGCUACGUCUGGAACCAAGCGCAAGGAGCGCGAUUUUGAAGUAGAUACCACUGUAGAGACUAACAUCGACGUCGUCGUCCGAUGCCGAGGUCGCAACGAUCGAGAAGUCAGCGAGAACAGUGCUGUAGUUGUUGCUACCGAAGGAGUGAAGGGAAAGCUAGUCGAACUAUCCAUGGGUCCCUCUGCUCUGAGCAACAAGACCUACAAUUUUGAUCGCGUCUUUUCCCAGGCCGCCGACCAGAGCAUGAUAUACGACGAUGUCGUGAAGCCCAUAGUAGAAGAGAUGCUCGGUGGAUACAAUUGCACCAUAUUUGCCUAUGGCCAAACUGGUACCGGCAAAACAUACACGAUGUCAGGAAACAUGACAGAAACCUUAGGUAUUCUCUCCGACGAUGCCGGAAUUAUCCCACGAGUGCUUCACUCGCUCUUCAACAAGCUAGAUGUGGAGGACACCGAUAGCUUCGUUAAAUGUUCUUUCAUCGAAUUGUACAACGAAGAGCUUCGCGACUUAAUCUCAGCCGAGGAAAGUGCCAAGUUGAAGAUUUUCGACGACACAUCACGCAAGGGUCACGCGGCGACGGUCGUCCAGGGAAUGCAGGAAUCCCACAUCAGGAAUGCGUCAGAAGGCAUCAAGCUCCUGCAGGAUGGCAGUCUGAAGCGACAGGUAGCCGCCACCAAAUGUAAUGAUCUGAGUAGUAGAAGUCACACUGUGUUUACCAUCACGGCUUGCGUGAAGCAGACCGGGGAGGACGGGGAGGAAUAUGUGAGCGCAGGCAAAUUAAAUCUGGUGGACCUCGCUGGAAGCGAAAACAUCCAACGUUCUGGGGCCGAGAACAAAAGAGCCGCCGAAGCUGGACUAAUCAACAAGAGCUUGCUUACUCUAGGCCGAGUCAUCAACGCGCUAGUCGACCGAAGCUCGCAUAUCCCCUAUCGAGAAUCGAAGUUAACCCGGCUGCUGCAAGACUCUCUUGGUGGUCGCACUAAGACCUGUAUCAUCGCCACUAUCUCACCGGCCAAGAGCAAUCUCGAAGAGACCAUCUCGACGCUUGAUUAUGCCUUCAGAGCCAAGAACAUUCGCAACAAACCCCAAGUCAAUCAGAGAAUCAACAAGGAAACGCUACUGAAGGAAUUGACACACGAGAUCGAACGCCUUAGGAGUGAGUUAAUCGUGACGCGUCAACGAAAUGGUGUCUAUAUGACGAACGAGGGCUACGAAGAGAUGACUGCUCAGAGCGAAUCCCGCAGAAUACAGAAUGACGAACAGGCGGCCAAGAUAGAGACCCUCGAGUCCAAUCUACGAAACAAAGGGCAAGAACUCCUUUCCGUGACCUCAAAUUUUAUGGGUUUAAAGAAGGAACAUGAUGCUAUGAAGAUUCAACUCGAUGAGACGAAAGAUAUCCUCGAUCAAACGGACCUUUUGCUUAAGGCAACACGCAAGAGCCUUGCCGAGGAGACUUACCUUCGAAAGGCACACCAACGCACCGAAGAACAGAUGCAGAUAGUCGGCGGUGAACUUAUCAGCACCAUUAGCAAGACGAUCAAGGAUGUUGGAGGUCUCCACGCCAAGAACAAGAGGAAAUCAGAUCUUCAAUCCUUGAAUCGGACGAACUGGAGAUCCGCUCAAGGCCAAGUGUCAGACGUCACUUCGCUUGUAGAAAGUCGUAUGGAGGCGUUCCGUAGUGAGCAACAGCAACACAUGUCAAGCAUCUCGAACAGAAUGCAUUCAUUUGUACAAGGAGAGCUAGAAAAGCUCACUUCCACCCAAUCAUUUCUCGAUGAGAAUCUCGAGCUCUUUGCACAAUCUAAGAGAGAACUUAUGGAACAGCAGAACCAGUCGAAGGAUGAGAUGGACAAUGUACUGGAGGAGAUCAAGGAAGUCCGGGAUCAUAUCAAAGAAAGGGUGGGUGAGAGCCUUGAAGCCAUUGCAACCGCUGCGGAAAGAAUAGCGGAGGACGUCCUCAGCGAGCUAGGCGUAUUCCAUAAUCAGCUACAUCACUCCUAUUCUUCUCUUGGCAAAGAUUUCAAGUCAAUCUUUGAAGACUUGAUGAAGCACAUCACUUCCCAGAAGAAGGAGUCCGACGCUCUUAGGGAGCAACUUCAGCACGCAAGCGAGGCUGCCGUCCAGUCAAACAGCUCAAUCUCAGCACAACUGCAAGAAGUUGUUAAUGAAGAACGGCGACAAGCAGCUGAGGAACGUCAAAAGCUGUUGACACAAAUCACUAGUCUGAUCAAUACCCAAGCCCUUGUCCAGGAGUCACGCUUGGCUGACAAGGCAAGUUCCAUUCAACAAAGCGUACAGGAAAACAGUACUGCUCUAGAAGGUAGCAUGGCGCGCUAUUCUGAGGGGAUGGAUAAUUGGAACAAGAAGGAAUCUCGACUUCUUGAAGAGGUUACUAGCUCUCGAGACAUCUUGAAGACAAGACUAAAGGAUGAUUGGACAACUGCGAACAAGCAUAGUACCUCCAUCCAAGACACGACCAAAUCUGUACAUGCCGAAACUGUGCGAGUUGUUGAUGAACAAAUGAAGGAUCUAGAUGAGCAGAUGACGUCCUUGGACGACUUUGUCACACGCGCUCGUUCUCACAACGCGGUUCACCAUUCCAGUCAUUCUAGUUCAGUAACAAGUUUAUCCAAGACGGUCGAAGGCUCGUAUGCGAAUAUUGGGGAUCACUUCAAGAAUACAUGCUCAAGAGUCCAGAACCUCGGUUCAGAUAUGGAUACUGAUGUUGCCGAUGUCGAGGGCUCCUUGGAGUCUCUACCAGAGACUAUCUGUCGACCUCUGUCCACGCUUAGAGAGGACAUCAACGAUACCAACUUGCAAGAAUACCAGUCGACCGGAAACACGCCACAGAAGAAGGCAUACGAAUAUCCCACGGAACUCCCGCAAACGGAACCGCACGAAGAACUAAUCAGAAAGUUGAAUGGCGAGGUAGUACCCAGCAAGGCUAAGGUCUUUUCUGAUGCGGAUACAUCUUUGUCGGAGAAUCGAUCACCGCUGCGACGCUUUACAUCAGACCAUGCCCUCCCCCUUUCGGAUCGCGAUCAGAUCCCACUUUCCAUGAGUUUGCGUGAGGUCCACCCCAACCUUAACGCAACAGCCACACUGAACUUCGAUCCCCGUGCUAACGCUACAAUCCACGAAUUCAGCGCCAACGUCGGUCCGGGACUGAUGGACCCGGCCCCGGCAGCCACUGCUGAUGGAGAUUUUACGCUACCUAUUUUUAAGAGAAGUAGGACGACUCGAUCAUCCAAAGUCGGUCGAAGAACGGUGACCGGCGAGGGCCGAGAGAAUAUGCCACCGCCCCUCUCAACGGUGAUACCUGGAGGUGGUAGGGAGGUCUUCUCGCAGAGUACUACCAGGAGAAAGAGCCCCCGACUAAAUUGAAUAGUCUGACCAGUCUUGUUUUGACACUUCCCAGAUGAUAGGCAUUUGCAUGGUUGGUGUUUUCUGGAGUUGGCUACGGAAUAGGUGCCUAGGUGGUUCGGUUCUUGUCGGAUAAGGUAUGCGGCGAUCAGACCUAUGACUUGGCCCGCUCUAUUCGGGGCACGUUGCCUUGUCUUGGUUUGUCGUCCUAGCCUGCAUGCUAGAUACCCCUGUUGUUAGUAGCCUUUGUCUCGGGCAAAGAUGAUGAUAUUACAGUUUUAAUUAUUCCUAUACCUACGAUUCUGGGUGAUUCUAAGCAUGUUUGCUUUGUGGGUAAAGAAUAAGUAGCGAG